AUGCUGCACUCCUCCCCCCCCGGAACGACCCUCCGCAACGACUGCUGCCAUCCACCGAACAGACCUCCCCCUCGCUCUGUCUGCACUCCCCAUCUACCCGAACCCGAACCCGCGCCAGCUCCGGCUCCAGCUCCACAUCCACAUCCUCAUCCUCAUCCUCAUCCUCAUCCUCCUUCUACGACCACCCAGAUAUAUACCCCCGCAAACCUCCAUGGCAAUGGCCCCUCGCAUCUGCUCUCCACCUAUCUCGCCCCGUCGCAACCUAUCAAGGACGCCCGGUCAGGUCCCGGCUCCAGGACUACACUUCCACUCACCAUCCCCCCGCUUGCCUCAAUGGCGGGACAUUCGAACCCCUCUUUGCAGAGGAACAGGAACGGCUGGAGCGCGGUUUAUGAGGAGGAUGUGGAUGUGGAUGUGGAUGUGGAUGUGGAUGUGGAUAUGGCGGAUGCGGAUGAUGUCGAUGCGGGGGUCGCAGCGACGGACGGGGAGAAUGCCUUUUUCAUCCUGCUCCGCCUCUCCUUCGUCGUCCCGCCCUUCUCCCUCUUCGCAGCCCUGUACACCCUGUUUACCCUGCUCUUCCUCCUCCUCACCUCCCCGCUCCGCCUCUGCCCACCAAACCGGGGCCCCUUUUUCAAACAUCCCUUCUCAACACAGAUAUCCUCCCUCCUCCUCCCGCUCCUGCACUCCCACCAGCGCCUCAUUGACCCGCAUCGAAUAGUCCCCUCGCACCCUCAUCUCCAUAGCGGUGGCCGCAGAUAUAAGAAGAGACAUAGACACGAUAUCGAUUACCGGCAAAAACCCGCAACGACGACGGAUAUGCACCACCCCCCCGGCCCAUCCGCUUCUAUCCCCUGCUUCUCACCACCACACCCACAUCCACUGCAACAGCAACAACAAACACUGCCAUCAAUCCACUCUCACUCUCACUCUCACUUCCCAACCCUCCUCGUCCUCGUCCUCAUCCACCUUCUCUCCCCCUUCCUUCUCGCCCCUUUGCUCUUGGCGACGUGGAUCGCCUCCUUCUUCUGGGUCUUUGCGAUGAUCGUGGGCAACCCCGAUGGUACCGAGAGGAGGGAUGAUGGGCGGGUGGCAGUGUUGGGGGUGAGGAAUUGGUGGGCCGAGCUCGUUCAGUAA